GUGGUGGUGGUGUACUUGGAGAUGGUGUGUCCCAGUUAGCGAGCAGCCUCUUUCGUUUCGGCAGUAAGAAACGUGGCGUUUGCAUUUGUAAUGCCCAAUGUCGUAUGCAGGCUUUGGAGCAGCAAACAGCGCAAUUGGGUCAGCUGGAUCCCGCGCUGAGAACUCAUCAUGGCUCGCUGGAUCGUUUACUGCAGCAACAAGAGAAGCAGUCACAGCAGCAAAGACCCAGCGCUUCGGCUGUGCAUUCCAUUGGCGGUGUUGUAGAUGGUGGUGGGUCGGGCGUGCUUCUUGGCUCAGCUGAUUCUGAUGGUGAUGGCGAUGAUGAGAAAGAACCAGAACUUCCACCUCUCCCACCGUCGCGCAUAAAGUCCCAAACCCAAGUCACGCGACACAUUAAAGAACAGUUUGACCGCGGGGUAGAGGUAGAGAAGUUCUAUCAUCAAAUCAACGGUGAUAUAUUCGAGAUCACGCGGCGCGUACGUGCACGUGAUGAAGAUACUAUAGAACAGAAGGUGAUUAAACGAAAGGGUUCGGUACGACUGCCGCCGGAGCCACCGCCACGACAAGCCUCGGUAGCGGCAUCGGCUGCGCAUACACAGAUGUAUCAUGGACAUGGACAUAGUCAUCCGCAUUCCCAUCCGCAUGUACACCGUCAUACUGCGGAUGGCGAUGGAAAGCCUCAGCUGCCACCUCGUCGUCAGAAAAGUGCAGAGGAGGUGCCCGUGUCGAAAAGUACGACACGUCCACCUAAUGAAUUGGAGUGGUUUGAUCGUAAGGCGAAACAACGACACUCAGCGCGUUCAGCUGAAAGCGGCGCUGUGCGUGAGGAAACUAUUGAGUGGUUAGAACGACAAAGAGGACCAGUACGCACCUCUUCCGGACCCAGUGAAAUCACUGUUAUGAAAGAUGAGGUACCCGAUUGGCUACUGGAACAUCUGCCACGCAAACGUUCAAUGGCAGACCGGCCAUCUGAAUCUAAGACAAGCACUACUUCCUAUGCCAAAGCGCUUAAAGAAGAGCUCGCGGAACUGCUAAAAAAGCCAUUGUCCAGACAGAGCUCCGGGCCACCCGGCGAGUUUUCUAUACUCAAAACGGACAUUGUUGAGUGGCUAACGAAAUUGCAGACGUCGUCACGUAGUUCGGCACGUGAAGAGGCACCACCACCGCAAACGCGUCGCGCUCACCAUCGGCGCAACGGCAGUGGCGAUACCCAACGUUCUCAUUCCCAGGAAGAUGCCACCAUCACACAACAGGCGGCGCGCAAACGACACUCGCUGGGUCAUAGCGAUCGCAGCGAAGAAGAGAUGCUUGAUUGGAUAGCUUAUCCACUGAAUCGGUUGCAAUCUUUGGGUAAGCCACUACAACAACAGCCGCAGAUGCAAACGAUAGAAAGACGACAGCCUUUUGCCGAACACCAUCACAAGCCAGCAGCUCCUCCGCCUCAAACACAAUUACAAAUACAACACCAGCAACCCAUAUGCGCCGAACGAGAAAGGCGGUCGCAUGAACGCACACGCGAACGCAAGCUCCGACAUUCUGCCAGCGAAGUUGUGACCGCACUCACCACUUCAGCAGCGGCGCAGAGUCAGUUAGAACGCCUCUAUGCAAAGCCGCAUAAAGAACGUUAUCAGUAUGUGCCUAAGGAUACCAAGGAUAUGAUUAUGCUGCCUCCCAAGGAGAGCUCAAAGAUAACCACUGCCGUUACUAGCGCUUCUGUACGCGAGUCGAAGCGUGAACGUUCGCGCCGUCAUCAAACACAACGUUCGGCCACUGUCUCCGAUAUGUCCGGGCAUCAUAAUGGUGGCCUCAAAAGAAAAUCCUCAUCAGCUGAACGAGCACCGCGUUCGCCCUCGCCUUGUAAUGAUCCCGCCUGCCGCUUACUCCCCAUCUGCGCUGAUCCGCACUGCCGCUUCCCAGAAUGUCAGACAAUAGAUCGCAGCGCGGUAAUCUCCAUGACCACAUCGACAUCAACGAUGAACCUCGCACGUCAUCAGCAAGUGGCGCGUGCACAGAUGCACACAGUGCCCGCAAACAUAACUUCAGAUGACACACCAACGCCGCCACCACCACCGCCUCCUACGUCACAGCAGCAACAAUUCCAACCCCAGCGACGGCUAGUGAUAUGCCACGAGUGUAGGUCGUGUGCACCAUUACUUACCUGCCAGAAUCGUAAAUGCUUCAAUGCCGCCAAAUGCAACUCACUGCCCCGCAGCGCAGCAGAUUUUAAUCGGCUGCGCACCACUCUCGUUCAACCGCCAACAACGCUCGACGAUAUAGAACCAGCGCCUGAAACGCCAUCUCCACAAAUGCCUCGCCACCCCGGCAUGCAGUAUCGCAGCAACUCACAACCGAAUACACUGCAACGAGGCGAUUCCGCUGCCGGUUUAUGGCAACAGGAUGGUGUUGACGGCGCACUGGUGGGGAGCGGCCACUCGAUGGUAACCGGAAUGACAACCGUCAUACAGAGCUCACAACUCCCACUGCCACCUUCGUCGCUGCACAUCGCAUCUGCAACGAAUGGCCGACAUUUCUAUAACGGUCGCAAUGGCAACGGUAUGUCGCAUCUGAACGGCACUAAUGGCAAACUAAUGAAAUCCGCGUCAGCGGCCUCGUUAAAUUCGCGUCGACGUCGUCACAAAACGGUGCAUUUCGGUGAGAAUUUACUUCGAGAAGUUUGUCAAAAUCGUAAACUAAUCAAAACUGAACAAGUUCCGUCCGGUUCGGCGCCGAUGAAGGCCAACAUACAGAUGCUUUACAAUUUCGUUGAAGGUGUGCUGAGCGCGUGGGUAGACGACGACGAGGAGCAGGUGCGUUCCGGUGCCGAAUCAGAGCCCGAACAAGGCACAAUGGCACUAAAGCCGAUUUACCGUUGUAAUCGGUUGCGCUAUCAGUGCAUCAAACGAAUUGUUGAGGAAGCGGCCGAGUUGCAUGGGACGUUAAAAUUGGGCAACUCACGCUAUCGUCAUAGGCACUGGCGAAGUACGGCCAAGCAAUGCAACGAAAUGUUUCUACGAAAGAUAUCUGAUGAUGAUCGAAUGAGCUUAACUACAGCCGUAUCUGAUGAAGAUGAUGGCGAAAGUGUCAUGGCGUCACCAUAUAAAGCAAAAGCAACUGGAACUGCUGCAUCCUCAUUCAAUUGUACUGGUGCUGUACGCAAAGCUGGUUUCCUAUCGGUGAAAAAAUGGUUAUUACGCAAGAAGCACCAAAUCGAACUGGCCCGCAAACGAGGCUGGAAAGGCUAUUGGGUUUGCCUCAAAGGCACCACUCUACUCUUCUAUCCAUGCGAUUCACGUGAGGGUCGCAGUGUAGAAGCGGCACCAAAACAUCUAAUCAUUGUCGAUGGUGCAAUUAUGCAACCGAUACCGGAACAUCCCAAACGUGAUUAUAUAUUCUGUUUGAGUACAGCAUUCGGUGAUGCGUAUCUAUUCCAGGCGCCCUGUCAGGUUGAACUAGAAAACUGGGUAAACAGCAUCCACAGCGCCUGUGCUGCAGCCUUUGCCCGCCAUCGUGGAAAAACAGGAACUUUACAUCUUUUGCAAGAAGAGAUUUUCCGUUUGGAAAAAGCCAUUGAAUCGGACCACAAGUUGAAGCACAUGGCUGAGCUGCAGCAAUCGGUAGUCACCGACCAAGAUACACGCCAUCAAAUACAAACACAAAUUCUACAGUGGGAGGAAAAUUUGGAGCGUUUACAUUGUGAACAGUUCCGCCUACGUUGCUAUAUGGCGUCGUUGCAGAGUGGUGAAUUGCCAAAUCCCAAAUCGUUACUUACACACGUGUCACGACCAACUAAGAAUACUUUGAACAAAUUGGGCGUUUUUACCGUCUCAUCAUUCCACGCCUUUAUAUGUGCUCGUUCUCCAUCUUUGCUGAAUAAUUUAUUGGCUGGACGUGGUGCCACUAAACGUCGACCACCAAUGCUAUCCCGUUCGAAUAGCGGUUCCAGUCGACGUUCCAUGCAGAUGAAUUCACGUGACGAACCGGAAAAAACCUUCAAAGUUGCCAUGCCUGAUAACGCUUACGCCACAGUCUAUCUACGUGACGCAAUGUCGGUGGAAGAGUUUUUGGCUAGUGCAUGUGCUCGCCGAAAUCUCAAUCCGAUGGAACAUUUUGUACGUGUGAAGAAACGACGUGACAUGGAGGAUCAUAACUACUUUGUGCCACAUCGCAAUGAUUUGAUUGAAAAUUACUUGCAUAAUCACGAAUUCGUUGAAGUUUGCAUGAAGAUACUCUAUCAAGUGGAGUUGCAUCGUACAACACUCGACCAAAUGUGGGGCUUCUCCGUCGAAGCGGAACUGAUCGAGAAUGCCGAACGGCAGGAUGAACUCUGUUGUUAUGUUAGCCGAGUGGAGGAUAAGAGUGUGGCUAUGCAGAAUGGUAUUAUCAAAGGAGACGAAAUAAUGGUGAUCAACGCUGCAAUUGUGUCUGACUUGGAUAUGAUGUACUUGGAGAGCGUACUGCAAGAGGAGCAAUCACUAUGCAUGAUGAUGCGCUCAUCGCGCACUGAGCCCCCAGAUCUAGUUGGCAUUAUGCGCGUCACUGAUGACAUGAUUGAUUCAUUGGUUUGUCCACCACCACCAUCGGAUCCACCCAUAAUGAGCGAGGAGAUGAUAUCCGGUUUAAUCGUACCAGCGCCAGGUUGGAAUGGCACCGGUAAGGAUUUAUAUUCACCUGAGGCAGAAAGCUCACCGGCACCAUCCUCCGUUGAACAGACACCAGCACAAAUGGUCGCAGCCGCCACCAAGCCGACUUCACGUACGAGCAGUUUUGAAAUUGAGAACCUUCUCAAGACCGCAGAGCAGGUUACCGGAUUUUGUCGUUCACCUCAGGAAACACGUAAAUCCAGCCCGACCGGUUCGGUCACAUCUUCUGUCUCUAAUGCCGCACUGACACCAUCACGUCAACUCACUGAUGCUGAGAAAUUACGUAAGGUCAUCUUGGAGUUAGUCGAUACAGAACGUACCUAUGUCAAGCACUUGAACAAUCUACUGGAAAACUAUUUGGAACCGAUGAAACGCGAAACAUUCUUAUCGAAUGCUGAGAUAAAUGCACUCUUCGGUAACAUACAUGAAAUUGUUACAUUCCAGAGGCAAUUCUUGCAAAAUCUCGAGGAAGCUUUGGAGUUGGAACCAGAUUUUCAUAAAUUCGACCAUUCCAGUCAGUUCCGGAAUGUUCUCUUUGCAAUCGGUUCGGCUUUCUUGUACUACGUCAACCACUUCAAGCUUUACUCUUCAUUUUGUGCUAGUCAUAGUAAGGCCCAAAAGGUGUUACAUCCAAAUGAAGGUAAUCACGCACUUCAAGAAUUCCUUGCCGCACGUAAUCCAAAGCAACAACACAGUAGUACAUUGGAAUCGUACUUAAUCAAACCGAUACAACGCAUCCUUAAGUAUCCUUUGCUAUUGCAACAGUUGCGCAAUUUAACAGAUGCACGAGCUGAUGAACAUUUACAUUUGUGCGAGGCGCUCAAGGGCAUGGAAAAGGUGGCUGAGCAUAUCAAUGAAAUGCAACGAAUACACGAGGAAUAUGGUGCUAUAUUCGAUCAUUUAUUCCGACAACAUCAGAAGUCAUGCAAGCAACCAAUUGAUUUAAGUCCAGAUCAUUCAUUCCUCGAUACAGGUGAUUUGCUCUAUUAUGGUGGCGUUGAGUGGCUUAACAUUUCCGACUUUCUGGGUAAAAUCAAGAAAGGCUUAGAGUUGCAUGCGAUGUGUUUUGUUUUUAAAUCAGCGGUUGUGUUCCUGUGCAAAGAACGUUUGCGUCAAAAGAAAAAGUUAAUGGGCGUUUCGAGUAAAAACGCACCCAACGAAGUCGAAAUUAUACGCUAUCAAGUUCUCAUACCAGUAACCGAGGUACAAGUGCGUGCCUCUUCUGCAAAAGAUAUGGACUCACACUUUUUAUGGGAAUUGAUACAUUUACGCUCACAACUUCAACGACGCUCCGAAAAAGUUUACGUACUCUCUAACAGCACGGCUGAUUUUCGAAAUGCUUUCCUUAAGACUAUAAGACAGAUCAUACGAGAAAGUGUACGCAAUAUGUCAAUUCCGAUGAAGGGCUUCGGUAGUAGUGGCUCUGUGUCGGGAAUCUCUUCACAAGGGGGCGGUUCUGGCAGUUCGCAAACACUUGAGCGGCCAAAGCAACAGAUAACAAUCAUACAAGGCUCACAGACUUUGGGUAAACCGAAAAAGAAGUCGGGUUCGCAGCGUCAUUCUGCCGGUAACAUUGAUUAUGAUAACUUAUCCGGCAGUCAAGAGGCCGAAGACGUGCCAAUACUGCAUCAACAUCAUCAACAGCAACAACAGCUGCAACCUAGUGGAUUCCGCGGACGAAGCAAGACCGUAGGUGAUGCUACAGAUCCACUGCAACAGCAGCUUCACCAACAUCAAAAACAUAUGCAACAUCAUCAACAGCAACAACAGCAGCAUAUGCACCACCACCAUCAGCAGCAACAAGUGCAUCAUCAGAGUGACAUUGAGCGUAUGGAUCCUGGUACCAAGUCUGAAGGAGAAGAGGACUCCCAGCAAGGCACAAUCAAAGCGAAAGCCACGCUGGGUCGAACACCAAAUCAUUUGACCUUAAGCACCACAUCAACCCUGUCGGUCGGCAGCACUGGUAGUCAAGCGCGUUUGAUACAAUCAUCCCAUCCGCCAUCAAGCUAUCAACCAGUACUCAUGAAAGAUUUAGGGUCCCCGGUGUGGAAACCACGAGACAUGAUUAAUUUAGGCGAUGCACAGUCGACGACGCGCAAAGAUGAUGCGAACAAAUAAAGCUUGAAAAGAACAAAUAAAAAAUUGAAUUUAAAAGUUCAAUUUCAAUUUAACAGAACGUAAUUCCCAAUAAGAAAACCAUGUAAUAGCGGUCAUUGAAACAGAAAACAAUUGAUUAUGGCUAACACUGUUAUGUACUUAUUUCAUACAUCAAAUUAUCGUAUUUCCUGUUAGUGAGAGAAAAAUGUGAACAAAAACUAAAUAUAUUCAUGGACAAAUAAUGCUUCAAAAUGCUUGGUCGUUCUUUCAAGUUAAAAAUUAAAAUAAUGUAAUCAACAAUUCUUAAUAUAAAUGUCGGAAAAAUAGUAAGAAAACAGGUUUUGAAGCUUUUCAUCGCUGUUAAAAUUCCCUUACCUUCAUAACAAAUAAAAAUAUGUAAACCUUUUAUUACCACAUUUUGUAUUUCUAUACAAGAACUUGCAUAUUUUUUUUAUUUGUCACCAAUUUUAAUCAUUUUAAGAUAUUUGAAAACAAAAAUAGCUUUUGGAUGCGGAAUGAUUAACUUUUACUCCUAUUGUUUUCUUAUUUUUGUUUUUUCAUGCUUAAACUAUAUUUUUUUAUUUCAAAAAAUAUGUAUAUUUUUUGAUUUUUAAAUUUGUAUACGCCAAAAUAUAUAUUCUAAGUACUUAUCCUUGGGCUACAACGUUUCCUUUUUCAUUAAUAUAAAUUCGCAUAUUGCGUGAAGAAGUGAAAACUUCAAUUGGCUUAGGUCUCAUGAAUAGAGUGAAGUGUCCAAAUGACUAAAAACCUUCAACGGUAAACCAUCGAUCUGAUGAUACAGUCCAAUUAUUAAUAUUGUUCACAUUUCCCAUCUCAUUUUUCCAUGACAGACAAAAUUGGAGGAAAAAGCAUGUGUAGCAAAUAAACAAAGCAGCAAAAAUCCAGCUUCUUUUUGAAGGAGGCAUGCAAGUUUUCAAAAUUAUAUGUUAGACUAAAACAAAAUGCAAAAUAGUAAAAUUAAUGAAUACUAGAAAAAUGCAAAUUCACACGUUGUGAAUUUUUUUAGCAUUUUAAGACAUACUAAGUAAGAAGUAGAAAAUUUAAAUUGUAACUAAAUGCAUAUGUUAUUUGAAGCUCUUAAGAUUAAACAUAAAGGAAACAUGGAACAUAUGAAAGAAAUGUUAAAUUAACAAAAAAUUAAGCACAUGAAAUAACGAAAUAGAACAGGCGCAAAAAGAAAUGUGGAAUGGCCUAGCGUGAGAUGAAGGAUCUUCAUGCAUACGAGCUCGCAACAUAGAUUUAAUAAAUAAGAAGAUAACAAUUAAAAAAUAGUGAAAUUUCGAAAAGGAAAACGUUUUUAAUUAAAUCGAAUUAAUUAAUAUAUAAUUAACAAAUUUAAAUAAAUUAAGACAUAGCACUAUGAAAAAUUAUAAUAGUUAUGAAAUAGUAAUAAAUUGAAUAAAACACGAUUAACACGUGUGAGAAAUCAUGCUAUAAGAGCGCCUUUAAAUCAUCGCGUCAUAUUACAGUCUUUCUUCAUUAUUUUAUUUUAAAGGAAUAACGCUUAUUUUUGUUAAAUAUAGUAAAUCAUAUAAGUAAUUUAACUAAACAUUUUUUUUGAUUUGAAGAAAAUUACGUAGCUUUGAUCUCACUUCUCUUCUCGUUAUGUUACAAACGUGGUAUUUAAACUAAUCCAUCCCUUCAUCGCCGACGCACGUGGUUAAUAAAACUGAGGUUAAAUAUUUUUUCUUCUUUUCUGGUUCUGAAUUGAAUUUAUACUCAUAUUAAAUUCCUUCGUUUUCAACUGCUCAGAAUUAGCUAUAUUUACUAUACCUCUGUUUCAUAAAAAGUAAUCGAAUAAAUUCAAUAGAUCAAUGGUAAUAAAAAGACAAUUCAAAUACAUUUUUACACCCAAACACAAAAAUAAAGACGAAGUAAGUGUCUCGAAACAGAGAUUGACCAAUUGCAAAAACAAAUAACACAAAAAUAGCACAAUUUUUGAAAACAUAGUUUAAAGUGAAUCAUGAAGAAAGGACGAAUUGAGAUACUAAAAACUACAUAUAUUAAAAAUAGUCAUACCAAAUGUGUGGUCACUCAAAAAAAAAUUUACCGAAAUAACUAGUAAAAACGAAAGUAAAAAAGAAAAAUAUGAAUAUAUCUUAAAACGGAGCUAUGUAUGUGUAUUUUAAUAUAAAACUAAGUAAAACCGCAGGACUAGUUCAUUUAAAAUAAAGUCUAGAAAAAAUUGAAUAUAUUGAAAUAAAAUGUUAUUGAUCGUCACCACUUGAAUUUAUUUUGGUUUCAUUUUUUACAAAAAGCGAAAAUUAAGAAAUUUUAAACAAUUUUCAUCGCAUAUUUUGCUAUAAAACACUCGUCUAUACAAGAAAUUAAAAAGUUAAAAUUGUACACCUCUUUUUAAUGAUUCUCACAAUUCAAAGUUUCACUAUUGUGAGAAGCUUGCCUCGCAAGUAAAUAAUUUUAAAUGAAGUGAAGUUAGAAAUAUACUUUCUUGGUAUUCAGUUAUGAAAAUAUUUAGAAAAUAGUCGUCAUUGAAAAAUUUCGGCAGACAUUCGCAACGUGAUACGGAAUACAACACAUAUUGAGUUCCGUUAAUCAUACUUUGUUUUAUCAUCUAAUUUUUUGUAUCAAAUAGUACGAUGCUGAUAUUUCUUCACCGGAUGUAAGUCCAUACUAUUCCAGAUUGCUGAACCUACAACUAUAAAACGCAACUAUUGACAAAACAUUAUUAAAACCACAAGACACCGUUUAAAAGAUCGGACAUAUCAUGACGUCAUAGUGAUCUGGCACAGAAUGUUAUACUCGCACAAAGAAUAUGAACAGCUUAAUUUCAAUUAUAUUGAUAUUUAAUUUUUUUAAUAAUAUGCAGUCCAAUUUAGAGCUGAUUUCAUAGUUUCGAAACAUAAAGAUACAUUCGUAUGAUAAAAAGUGAAAAAUUAUAACUAUCGCAAACAGCGUUAGAAAAUCACUAAUAGGACAAAUAACAACCACAUGAAAAAAUAAAAUAAAUGAAGACACCUAAUUAUUGUUGAAAUGUAGCAUUUUUAAGGAGGACCCCACUCCCCGCCCCACCCUUUUUAAAAUGAAGCUAAUAACGAAACACCGAUGCUCGUUUUUAAAUGACUUACAGUAUGCAUUAACUAACUGUGCAAACAAUACAAUGAGCACAUAGACAGUUUGAGAGGUGAAUGAUAAUCGUACAUAAAUAUAAUAUAUAAUAUCAAGGAGUAAAGUUGAGAGUAUUGAGAAGAAGAGAAUCAAGCAGCAAUGAGGCAAUACUAAACCAACAUACAACAUACAAACAAACAUAUUAUAUAUAAAUAAAACAUAUUAUAUAAUAAUAAAACGAACAUAGUAAUGAAUUCAAGCAGAAAUAUACUCAAUUAAACAAAAUUAAAUCAAAUUCAAAGAAAUUCUAGUGCAAUUUCAUUAUGAAACAACAUUAUCAUCAAAUUGUUUUUAUUUUAAAUAUUAUUUAUACUGUGUCUGAGUACAUAAAAAUGUGUAUACAUACAUAUAUCAUAUUAUAUACACAAAAAUAUGUGCACAAAUAUAUUACGUGAAUUGAAUGCCUUCAGUUAUCGGAAUCAAAAGUUUUUUAACAAAAAUACCAACCCAAAUCGUAAUUUAUAGUAUAUAUACACAAAUUCAUACCUACAUACAUAUGGCAUAAAAUAUAUGCUAUUUAAUUAAUUACACCACAUAGCAGAAUAGCAAUAGAUUGACAAAUACUCAUGCAUAUGUACAUUCUCAAAAGACUUUUACGUAUUUAAUUUUAUACUCAUAUAAGCAAAUAUAUGUGAAUAUACAUAUGUAUGUGUGCCUGUGGUUAUAACGAUGACUAUAAGACUAGUCAUUAGAAAAUCGUUGCUAGAAAAGUCGCUUAACACAUUGGUAACAUGCAGCCAUAACACAUACAUACAUACAUACGUGCUUAUUUAAUUUUAGAUAAGUACAUGUUUAAUCUUUAAGUAAAAAAUAAAAGAUGUUAAUUAAGUUAAACUAAUUUAAGUAAAUAAAUACAUCAAUGUGAAGUUUAAGGGAUCAUUACGUUUGUUUGAAUUUAGUUGCACAUACACACAUACCUAUUUAAACUAAAGGAUAAAAAGAAAAACAG